UGAGGAAGGUGAAGUCCAUGCAGAUGUUCCACACGCCGGUCACCUCGGCCAUGCAGGGGGACCGUCUGGGCCUCUGUGUGACUCAGUUUGACCCCAAGCUGCUGGAGCGCGGGCUGGUGUGUGCGCCCGACACGCUGCGCACCCUGCACGCCGCCAUCAUCUCUGUGGAGAAGAUCCCCUACUUCCGGGGGCCCCUGCAAACCAAGGCCAAGUUCCACAUCACCGUGGGCCACGAGACAGUCAUGGGCCGCCUGCUGUUCUUCAGCCUGGCCCCAGACGGCCUCGACCGGGAGCCUGCGCCGGACUCCUUCGACUUCUCCCGGGAGUACCUCUUCCAGGAGCAGUACUUGAGCAAGGACGCGGCGCCCGCGGCGCCCGACAGCCAGGCCGACCGCGCCGGCCGGGCGCCCGAGGGUGGCUGCCCACGGCAGCAGUGGGCGUUGGUGGAGUUCGAGAAGCCCAUCACCUGUCCACGGCUGUGCCUGGUGAUCGGCUCCCGGCUGGACGCGGACAUCCACUCCAACUCCUGCCGGCUGGCCUUCCACGGCACCCUGCUCCACGGGCUGGAGGACAGGAACUACACGGAGAGCUUCCUCCCUACACUGAGGGUGUACAAGCUGAAGCACAAGCACGGCGUGGUGGACCGGGUAAUGGAUGACUACAACGUGAUCGGCCGCUCCCUUUUCAAGAAGGAGACCAACAUCCAGCUGUUCGUGGGGCUCGAGGUGACCCUGUCCACCGGCGAGCGAGGCCUCAUCCACAGCGCCUUUGGCCAGAGUGGCAAGUUCAAGAUCCACAUCCCUGGUGGCCUCGGCCCAGAAUCCAAGAAGACCCUGGCGCCUGCCCUCAAGAAGCGCGUCCGGCCCGGCCUGGGGGAAGCGGCCAGGCCGGAGGAGGGCCCUGAGCGGCCCGAGCCCCAGCACGUGACGCUCAGCCUGUCCUUCAAGCGCUACGUCUUCGACCCCCACAAGCGCAUGGUCCAGUCCUGAGGAGCGACCGGCUCCCGGCAGCCGGGCCGAGCGCCGGCGCCCACAUGUGCCUCGCUUCCGCCCCACGGCCCUACGGCCCAGCGCAGGGCGGGCUGUCAGAGGCCAGGGGCCGGCCCCACGCCUGCCCCCCACCCCGGCAGCUGAGCCGAGGCCCGCAGCCCGGGCUCACCGCUGCCCAGUGGGGCAGCCCUCGGCAAUGGCAAAUAAACGGGCAGUUCA